AUGGGUUUCAUCGGCAAUGCUCUCUACUACUCCUUCCACCCUAUGCAGCUCAGGGCAAUCGUCCAAUGGAAAGUCUGGCACAAUCCUCCCCAUGAGCGCAACGAGAAGGACGAGACUGAGAACCAGAAAAUCUGCUUCAAGUUCUUGGACAAGACCAGCCGCAGCUUCAGUGCUGUGAUCAAGGAGUUGCACCCGGAACUGCUGAUUCCGAUCUGUAUCUUCUACCUGGUCCUCCGUGGACUGGAUACCAUUGAGGAUGAUACUUCUAUUCCCCUGGCCACUAAGGAGCCCCUCCUCCGAAACUUCAAAGACAUUCUCACGCAAGACGGCUGGACUUUCACCGGAAACCGGCCUGAGGAGAAGGACCGUGAGCUGCUGGUUCAGUUCAAUCACGUCAUCACCGAGUUCAUGAACAUGAAGCCCGAGUACCAGGCCAUCAUCAGUGACAUCACCGAGAAGAUGGGCAAUGGCAUGGCCGACUAUGCGGUAAAGGCAGAAAAUGACGAUGCCAGUGUGAAGACCAAGGAGGAGUACGAUUUGUACUGCUACUACGUCGCAGGAUUGGUUGGUGAGGGUCUUACUCGCCUGUUCGUCGAGGCCCAAUUCGGUAAUCCGGCUCUGUUGAAGCGCCCCAGGUUGCAUAAGUCAAUGGGUCUUUUCCUUCAGAAGACCAAUAUUAUCCGUGACAUCCGGGAGGACUUCGAUGAUAACCGACGCUUUUGGCCGCAGGAAAUCUGGUCCAAGCACGUCGACAAUUUCGAGGAUCUCUUCAAGCCAGAGUAUCUGGAGGCGGCCCUCAACUGCAGCUCGGAUAUGGUUCUGAACGCCCUGGAGCACGGCGAGGACUGUCUGUUCUAUCUGGCGGGUCUGCGUGAACAGAGUGUCUUCAACUUCUGUGCAAUUCCCCAGUCCAUGGCCAUCGCCACAUUGGAGUUGUGUUUCCGCAACCCCGACAUCUUCAAGCGCAACAUCAAGAUUACCAAGGGAGAUGCAUGUGACCUCAUGCACAAAUCAACACAGAACCUCUCCGUUCUAUGCGACAGCUUCCGGGAGUACGUCCGCAGAAUUCACAAGAAGAACACCCCCAAGGAUCCCAACUUCCUGAAGAUCAGCAUUGUCUGUGGACAGAUCGAGAAGUUCAUCGAGACGCUCUUCCCGACGCAAACCGCCGAGGCCGCCAACCGCAGAGUUGCCGGUGAGCUCACUGCGGCCGAGGCGCAGCGUAAGAAGGAAGAGGAUGAGAACAAGAGCGAUGUCUAUUUCAUGAUGGCUCUGAUGGGCGUCAUUGUCGUCGUUAUCACCAGCAUCAUGAUUUUCACUGCCUGGAUGAUGGGCGCUCGGUUUGAUCUUGCCUUCAAAGAGAUCACGUCGGGCAACUUCCGACCCCCGGUCAAAAACCAGCUAGAGCACCCCGAGCUUUGA